GUAUAGUGCGCACUCAAUGUGUGGCAAAUUUUUCCGGUAAAUGUUUACGUAUAAUGUAGACAUAUAAAGUGCUAUUCAAAAAUGACCAUGUCAGCCAACUUACUGACCUUAAUAUGACCAACUUAUCGGCCGCAUUCGCACUUUUUGACUAUGCAUAUUUAUUAAUGACAUAAAUAUGUUUAUGCACAUACAAAUUAAACUAGCAUGGCCAACUUUCCGUAUCGAGAAAUUCCUUCUUAGUACUAUAUUUUAAUUAAUAACCGUUGUAAUUGAUCUAGGUUAUGCAGCGUAUUGCAACGGAAUUGAAAUGUAUACAUACUUUGGGCGGGCCUUAAGUCAUACCCUAGCUCAAUUUGCCAGCUAUAAGAGCCUGGAUGAGAUCAUUAAAAAGACAACCGCGCGAUUGGAAAGUGAUUUGGCGGUCGUGAGGGGAAUGGAGCCCACGGAUGACAACCAACACAACCCGGAGUUUCAAACGUUUGGCGUCCAAAAGGAUUUGUAUUUUAACCCGGGACUUUAAAUUUUAUGAUCUUAAAUUUGUCUUGAAUAUUAAUUUUAUUUAUAAACAACUAUCUGUAUCUUGAAUCUGAAUCUCAC